CGGUACCUGUCUGGGAACCGGUAUACUACUGCGAAAAGGCAGACCAAUUCGUCCUAUAAUGAUGCUCGUGGGAUUGGCGACAAAAGAGACGAUUUAGGGAUCCAAGAGCAGAGAUGUGCUGACACGGUACGCGUCACAUUCGUCCAGCUCCUAGCUUGUUUGAAGUUAUUUCCCUUCGUUUUUCUCUCUUUCGCAUUCUCUUCUAGUUUUCUAUAUCUCGGGUGCGAUUAAAGGGUCGCGACGAUUAAACCAAACCCGGGUGAUGUUUAAUCUUCGCUUCAAUUCGCAUUUUGUUCGACAUUCUGCUAACCCCAACCCCAGAGACGAACCAUGGAUUACUAUCUGGGCUUUUGCCCCACAACUCUACAUGGAACACCAGUAAUUGACGAAUUCUUGAAUGCUGCAAUUUCUCAACUCCCUCCUCCACCAUCGUACAGCGAGGCAGUCGACGAUCUGCCACCCGAAUACCCCCUCCUCCCCCCGUUAGCGCACUCAAAGGAUCCGAUUGAAGGUCAAUUGGCGCCAGCGAAAACCACGAGGAAGACACGGGCCAAAUCAUCAGUUGCGCUACCCGUGGAGCCAGUGCUUGACAUCUCCAUAGAUCUGGAAACACCCUCCGGAAUUAGAGAACACAAAGGCAAGAAGAAGAAGACCAAGGCGACACAACAGGCCCAGAAACAGUCGAAUGAUUCAGACAACGGCGGUGACAAGCAAGGUCAAGGAUCAGACAAAGGCGCAAACGGCGGUAAUGCUGGGAAUGGGGAGGGCGGUGCCGGAGACGGGAAUAAUGACGGAGGCGCAGGAGGUGGAGGUGACGAUGGUGGAGAUGGUGGAGAUGGUGGAGAUGGCGAGGACUGGGGUGAUUGGAAUGCCAUAGGGAACAAGAAGAAGGACAAGAAGAAAAAGAAGCAGCAGGAAGAAGAGGAAGAGGCUCGCGCAAAGGAAGAGGAGGAGAGACUAGUAAAAGAAAAGGAAGAGGAAGAACAGAAGAAGAAAGCCGCCGAAGAAGCUGAAGCAGUGACAACGAACAACGACCUUAGUUGGGCUGAUAAUGCCGGAAAUAACGACGAUGAUGCAUGGGGUGGGUUUACCGUUACCAGCAAAAAGAAGAAAAAGAAAGCCAAGGUACCUAUUCUGGGGCAUAUAACUUGGGACUCCUUCUGACGCUUGUACAGGGCGGCGCUGACCCAGCUGCAGCGAUUACUACAACUGCUGAGACGACUACAAACAAUAACAACAGCGCAUUUCAGGACGUCAGCUUAGACGACAGUCCUCCCCAGUUGGAUCUGAGUUUCAACCCUCCUGAAACAAAAAAGGAUACCGGGUCUACUGGCUUUGGUUUUGGCGUCUGGGGCAAGAGUUGGGCCUCAGGUAACAAAUGGGGAUUCGGUUCCUUCGGCGGCUCCGACGAGGGUGCAAAGAACAAUGAUGAUGCCGCCGCGGACGACAGUAACAAUCCUUGGUCAACAUCUGGUGCUGGUAAGAAGGAUAAAAAGAAAACGAAUGGGAUUGACCUGGGCGAUCUCGGUGCAGAUGCGAACGAUGAUGCCGACACAGUUCCCACUAACGGAACUACGACCGAGAAGAACGACAUGGACUGGGCUAGUUUUGCGUCGGUCGGCAAGACAAAGAAAAAGAACAAGAAAAAUGCGCUUCUUGCGGACGAUCCCCCGAAAGAACCUGAACUCAACGUUGACCCUGGCACGAAGGAUGAGAUUGCCAAUGGGGAAGGACCGAAAGAACCGGAGUCGUCGAUGGCGGAUGAUAUUUGGUCGGCCAUACCAUCUAAGAAGGAGAAGAAGAAAAGGGGCAAACAAGCCCUCGACGAACUCCUCUCGGCUGAACCUGAACCUACACCAAAGCCAGGACCAGAACCGGCACCUGCAGCCGACCCCCCUGCCGAUCCUUGGGCUGGACUCUCCAAAAAGGAACUGCGCAAGGCAAAGAAAGCAGCUCAGGCUAAAAACCAAGAGCCCGAUCCAGAACCCGAUCCAGAACCGGAACCGUCCCCGCCAGCUAAAGAAGAGGUUGCUGAGAAAGUGAAAGAAGAGAACGCCUGGACCGCCGUUAAUUUAUCAAACGACAUCCAUGAAGAUGGGAAGGUUGCCGAUGCCGCUGUCAAUGAGAAUAAUGACGAUGCGUCCUUGGGCACUUCUAAAAAGAAGAAGAAAGAUUCGUUUCUGUCAGCUGCCGACGACCUUGCUGAGGAUCUUACUCCUGCCGACUCUGGUGAGAACGGUUGGCUGAGUAGCUGGCUCCAACCUGGUAAAAAAGGCAAAAAGAACAAAAAGAGCCAGCCUGUCGAGGAUACGCCUCCGCCCCCGCCUCCUGAGCCAGAGCCUGAACCUGAACCAGAGCAGGGAGCUGAGGAUGAAUGGUCUGGUUGGGAUGUUCCUAGGAAGGAUAAAAAAAAGAAGAAAGCCGUCGACACAGCCCUGCUAGAGGAAGAUUUUCCUGCAAUACAUGAUGCAGACGAAAGCAACCAUGAUCCAGACAGUUCGAUGGCUUCACCUAAAGAUAAAAAGGGGAAGAAAGACCAACUCGUUGAACCCGAGCCUGAACCUGAACCUCAACCAGAGCCAACCCAGGAGCCUGCAGUAGUGGAACAACCUGCCGAGCCAGAACAAAAGCCGCCGGCUCUACCAGAUAAUCCCCUCUACAACAACUGGGUUAAUCUUUCGUCUAAGGAUAGAAAGAAACGGGAGAAGACACUCAAAAAGAAGGGCCUUCCUAUACCGGACCGCAACGGAGUGUUACCGACUGAGGCCGCUGUGGAAAGCAUCCCUGAAGCAACCGCAGAGCAAACUGAACAUACAUCGCGACUUAUUCCAGGGCGGGAAUCUGAACCGGAGGCAGAGGUCGUCCAAGAAGAGCCAGUAGAACCCGCUCCCGAACCUCCAGUUGAACUCGUUACUGAAGAAAAUGGCGAAUACAAUGAUGACAGCUGGGGGAUUUGGAACCCUUUCAAGGAAAAGAAAAAGACUAAACGGGGCAAGGUCGUAGAGGAACUUGAUAUCCCAUUGCCUCCACCUGCACCAACACCUCCCCCGGCCUUUUAUGAACCUCGUCAUGCUCCGAUGGACGAUGUAGAUCCAGAGUUGGCAUGGGAUGCCUUUGGCAACACAGCGAAUAUAAAAAGCACUAAGAAAUCGUCUUCGAAAUCAAAAUCUUCAAGCAAACAGAAAGAUUUCGAAGAGAAAAAACCAGACUCAGUGCCAGAAGAGCCUCCGGCAAAGGCUGCGAGGGGCUUCUGGGCGACUUUCGGAGCGGCUUCGACGGCUAAGCCUAAGACCACGAAGUCGAAGACAGAGGAGAAACCGAAGGCCUCUGCCAACGAUAUGGAGAACGCACAGACCGAUGACAUCCUCAUUGACGUGGGUGACGACGCCGCCAAAGAGGCAGAGCCACCCGUUCCUCCAGCUGAGGAGGAACCUAUUCGAACGAAGUCUAAGACAUCCGGAAAGCUCUCGGUGGGCGAACGCAUUAGGCCUCUCGAAGAGGCUACAAAGGAAAGAGAAAAAGAAAAAGUACCGAACAAAGCAAAGGAGAUCAUUUCAGAGGAACCAGCUCCAUCAAAGGAGUCAAAGUCGACAAGCAAGAAUUCCCUGAAGAAGGAGCCCAGUGCGGAGACUCAGCCUAUACCUAUUGAAGAGGAUAGACCCUCUCGAGACGCGCUACCGGGGAGCUUCCCAGAUGCGCUUGAUGAUAUUCUGGAACCAGAACCGGAGUCUCCUCCGAAGCAAGAGCCAGAACCACCUGCUCCUGAACCAGUGAAGUCAUCCAAAAAGUCGAAAAAGAGUUCUAAAAAAUCCCCAUCGACGGCCAAGGUACCGGAACCUAUGCCAGAGGCUGAAGCGCCUCCUGAACCCACUCUGGAGCCCGUCGAAUCCCUAGAGGACAGUGAGGAUGCCUCUAAGGAGGCCACUACUGCUCCUGAGGAAGCGCCACCUUCCGAAGAACUCGAACCUCCUACGCAGCCUGAUGAGGCCAAGGAUGAAAAUGAUGCUGGGGCAUCUGAGGGAAAUCCGCAGGACGAAUCACCUCGUGCGGAUGCUCCGUCGACACCACCAAAACCUGCGAUGCCUGAACCUGAAAAGUCUGUGAAAAAGGAGCGUACUCGCCAGCGCACCCCAGUUCAUGCCUCUUGGGGCUUGUUAGGAGCCGCUGUUCCAUCGAAAAAGACACUGAAGAAAGAAGUUAAACCAAAAGAUGCUGCUGCUGCUACCAAAACAAGAGAUUCGGGGCCAAAGGACGGCAAGUCAUCUGGCUCUGACAAGGAUUCCAGGGAAGCAAGGCCAUCAGCACCGGCCCGUGGAAUAAGCUUCAACAAUUUCAUAUUUGGUGUGCAGCCACCUCCGAAGACAAAGUCACCCCCAAAAACAGAGGCGCCUGUCACUAAGCCCAAGCCCAUCUCGAGGCGUCCGUCGGUUGAUGAGGACGAGAUCGAUACACCUUCUAAACCACCCGGCAAAAAGCCUGCUACGUCUAAUAAGGUCCCCAUGUUACUCGGCGUGAAUGGGGCGAAUGGGACGAAGUCGCAUUCGCGAAGGAGAACAACUGGUCCUGUCGAUCCUUACGUUAUUGACAGCGAGGAUGACUUCGCGGCGGAUCGCGAUGGACCAGAAACCCAGGCUUUCAGAGAAGAUGCCAGGGGAUCCAGAGACUCCAGACGAAGAUCCCGAAGAAAGUCGAAACCCAAAUAUUACGACGAUGCAGAUAUACCUCGCCAUGUUCCAAGAGCAUACUACUCGGGUGCCGAUAACUAUAUAGACAUGCCUUUAAGACGACCAUCUAUCAAGCGAUCCAACACCGUACCGAAGCGGCCGGAAUCCGGUGGUUUAAUGGGCCUUUUUGGGUCUUUCCGAAAGGCCACACGUCCAGAGGUUACAGAGACACGUGGAUAUUAUCAUGAUGAGGAUCGGAGGUACAUGACAGACCCUGAACGAGAGGAAGCUCGAGACAGACACAGAAGACGAAGGUCAAGACCGGAUCCCGAAGCCGAAGGCUACGUUACGGAUGGUGGCCCCGUUGGGGCUUAUCAAACGGACGCGGAAGAUGAAGAAGCCAGAAGAGCUUCAAGGAGAGCACGGCGUGCUUCUCGACAUGUCACUCCCGAGUCAAAUCGAGAGGAUGAGUUUAGAGAUGCUGAAGAAAGACGAAGACAAAGAAGAAGGGAAAGGGCUCUAGCGCAAGAGGAGUAUGAACGAGAGGAAAGGCGCCGAGCAGAGAGGAGGGCUCGUCGGGUUGCUCGCGAGGAGCGUCGUGCUAGAGAAGAAGAAGCACGAGAAGCAGCAGCGCGAGCGGAAGCCGUCAGGGAGGCAGAGCGACGCGAGCGCAUGCGCAAACGAGAACGAGAACGAGAACGUGAGCGUGAGCGCAGACGAAUCAGGGAGGAAGAACAACGUGAGCUCUCCAGACACGCAUCGACGAAAUCGAGACGACGUUCCGUCCGGGUCGACAGGGACAGGGACAGGUACGAGCGCGACUACAUGCCUGAUGAUUAUUAUGGCCGUCGCCAUUCUCACCGUCCCGGCGAUGAACGGGCGAGGUCGCAACGUCGGAGAUCGCACGUUCCAGACAACACGGGAGGAGUACCACCCAUGGCUGCAGGCCGUGCAGACAAGAUCUCAUCAUGGGUAUAUUCCCAAGCCGAUGAUCCCCCGGAACCGCCCCCGGUUGUUGGGACGGUGGUUGAUGAUCCGCUAUCCACAACAACGCCCCACACGCACUCUCUUUCCUCGGACGAGGAAGCCAGACGGCGAAUACGCCGUCAUGCUCGUCGACGAUCCAAGUAUCCCGGUAUGACGGAUGAGGAGAUCGAAGAGGUGCGCUCGCGACAGCGUGCAGCGCGCAGAGCGGAACGCGACGGUGUCAAGACCAGCUCUGGAAGCGGAGACUACGAAAGAGAAGAGCGUGGCCGUUCCUCGAGAAUAUUUGAUUUACCACCGGUGGCUAAUUGGUUUAAGAAGUUGACUGGAUAGGUUUUUUUUUGGUUAUUUUCUUUAUACUUUGGCGUUUAUCAUAUUCCCAUGCUCUACGAGGACUACAGUACAUUUGGAAAACAGUACAUAGAAACCUUACCCCCUUGGCUGGUACCAGUCAGCCUUAAGGUUAACGACGAAAUGAUUUGGAGA